UCUUUCAGUCGUAUUCGAACCUCAGUCUUUGAAGGUUGGUUAGAUCUAACUGCGGUUUAGUAAACUUUAGUUAAAUUGUGUUUAGUGCGACGUUGGACUUGUUCAAGUGUAGUGUUGCGGUGAUAAACGAGAAAAAUAAACGCAACAAUGUAUUCAGCUAAAUCGAUGCUAUCCUGCCUGCUGGCAACAAGCCUGGUUGCCAUGGCGACGGCGGCCGGCAACGAGUAUCUCCCUCCUACCAAGAACGGAUACAAUUAUGAUGCACCCCCGAUACCGUUCCCGACCAACCAGAACAGCAACCCGCAACCCACCCCGCCCCCCUUCAGGCCCGCGCCGCCCCCGACGCGCCCCAACACCUACAUCCCACCGCCCCCUGCCGGCGGACCCGCAGGCGGCGACCACGACGACCACCACCACCAUGAGCCGGGGAUGCCCUUCGAGUUCUCGUACGCCGUCAAUGAAGACGACAACAACUACAACCACAACGCGAUCUCGGACGGCGACGUGACGCGCGGCGAGUACCGCGUGGCGCUGCCCGACGGACGCACGCAGAUCGUCAAGUACACCGCUGAUUGGAAGAACGGAUUUAACGCAGAGGUAACCUACGAAGGAGAGGCGAAAUACCCCGACGCGCCUGCGCCUAAAUACGGAGCCAACGCGCCUGCGCAGACCGGACAGAACUACCUCCCCCCGCAGCAGGGAGGGGGUUACGUGUACUAGGAGACUAGGAAACAUAAGCUAGGAGGUGUAGGUUUUUAAACCAUCGAGCAGCGAAAGCUAAAGUAAGUUUGUGUGGUGCGGAGCUAGUGUAGAGUGCAAACGCUAGAUGGCGCCAGCGUCUACACAGUGAAAGCUAACUCAAGUUUAGUGCGUAACCACUAGAUGGCGUUAGCAAAACUACUGCUCUAUACAAAUUAAAUUAACUUGUGGCGUCUCGAACGGUGUAAAAACUCGCACUUUCAAUGCUGAUUCGGCUGGUUACUGUCAUAUAUUUAAUUGGAAAAAGAACUUAAGAGUCUGGAGAAGUUGCACGGCAACUUUAUAGAUGUAGAUAAAUGUUUAGUGACGAUUCGCGUUAAACACGUGGGAAAACUUGGGUUGAAAAACUUUAUCUAUGUCGAUAAAGGUACCGUGCAAAAAGGCCAGUUUCAGAAUGCUGCCUGAAUCUGUAAUUAUGUUCAUCUCAUAAAUGACACAUAAUAUCCGACUUGGAUGUAUUGUAUGAAGGUAAAGAUAUAAUUAGAAGUUGCUAUUGUUACAUAAUAUAUUAAAAUACCUAUCAUUGACUAUGACUAUUUGUUUGACAGUAACCGUGCAAAAAUAAAGCUGAACAUCAGUAGUUUUAGUUAGUUUAUAGAAACAUUGAAUGGUACAUGACAAACCUGACAUUAAAGUAUAAAAAGGUUCAGCAAAUUAAUCCUUAUAGUGUUAUUCCACCAGAUAUGUGAUAUGUGCACAAAUGAAUAUGAUUGGUGGAUAUCAAAUGCAUCCAAAUCAAGGUUAGUAACAUAGCACAGACUGGUGGAGUUCUUACAUUAUUAUUUCAUUUGGUGAGUUUAUUUUGAGCCUUAGCUAUAAAAAUAAUUUACCAAGUGUUGCCAAUU